AUGGUGUUUGGUAACAUGGGCAACGACUGCGCUACAGGCGUGGCCUUCACUCGUGACCCCUCCACGGGAACCAACGAAUUCUACGGUGAGUUCCUGGUGAAUGCCCAGGGCGAAGAUGUGGUUGCUGGAAUCCGCACACCGCAAGAGCUGACUAUCAAAGCCCGCAAGUCCCACGGUUCGGAUCUGCCGUCCUUGGAAGAAGUGAUGCCGCAGAUUUUCAAGGAGCUGCUGUCGGUGCGGAGCCAGCUGGAGACCCACUACAAGGACAUGCAAGACAUCGAGUUCACCAUACAACAAGGCAAACUCUACAUGCUGCAGACACGCAACGGAAAGCGCACGGCUCCAGCUGCGCUGAAGAUCGCGGUUGACAUGGCCCAGGAGGGCUUGAUCUCCAAAUCGCAAGCUAUCCUGAGCUUGAAGCCUGACUUGGUGGAUCAGCUGCUGCACCCCACGCUGGACCCGAAGGCCAAGAAGGAUGUGAUCGCCAAGGGCCUUCCUGCCUCUCCCGGUGCUGCUGGCGGCAAGGUCGUCUUCUCUGCUGACGAAGCGGUGCGACGGUGCAAGGAUGGCGAGAAGGUCAUCCUGGUUCGCAUCGAGACCAGUCCGGACGACAUCCACGGCUUGCACGCAGCGGAGGGAGUCCUGACCACCCGAGGUGGUAUGACAAGCCAUGCUGCGGUCGUCGCCCGCGGGAUGGGCCGGCCUUGCGUGGCGGGUGCGGGCGCGAUCACCGUGGACUACGCUGCAGCGAAGCUCACCGUGGGUGCGGUCAUUGUUGGCGAAGUUCCCACGGUGCCUCCACAGCUGUCUGGAUCCUUCGGGACCAUCAUGGAGUGGGCGGAUGAGUUCCGGGACAUGAAAGUCCGCGCCAACGCGGAGACUCCAGCCGAUGCUCGACAGGCCAAGGAAUUCGGCGCGGAGGGCAUCGGUCUCGUGAGGACCGAGCACAUGUUCUUCGAAGGUCAGCGCAUUGUGGCCAUGAGGCAGAUGAUCUUGGCCACGGAUGAGAGCGAUCGGCGACAGGCGCUGGAGAAGCUCCUGGUCAUGCAGCGUGAAGACAUCACCGAGUUGUUCAAAAUUAUGGACGGACUGCCCGUGACGGUGCGCUUACUGGAUCCUCCACUGCACGAGUUCAUCCCGCACACGGAAGCCGAGAUGGCACUGGUGGCGAAAGCUGCAGGCGUUCCCCUGGAGCGGGUGCGCAGGCGCGCUGCAGAGCUGCAGGAGGCCAAUCCCAUGCUGGGCCAUCGUGGCUGCCGACUGGCCAUCACCUAUCCGGAGAUCUGCGAGAUGCAGGCGCGAGCCAUCUUCGAAGCUGCAGCCGAGGUCGGCCGAAGCUCCAAGAAGCUGCCAGUGGCAGAGGUCAUGGUGCCACUUGUGGCAACCGCCGAAGAGCUGAAGCUGCUGAAGGGAGUCAUUGAGACGACGGCAGAUGCAGUGAAGAAAGAGCAGGGAAUCACCUUCAGCUACAAGGUGGGCACCAUGAUUGAGCUUCCUCGCGCCGCUUUGCAGGCUGGAAAGUUGGCAGAAAUGGCGGAGUUCUUCAGCUUUGGCACCAAUGACCUCACGCAGACCACCUAUGGCUUGAGCCGUGAUGAUGCUGGAUCCUUCCUGCCUGAGUACAAGGCCAAGGGAAUCGUGGAGACGGAUCCCUUCGUGUCCCUUGAUCCCGACGGCGUCGGCGAGCUGAUCACCAUGGCAGUGGAGCGCGGUCGCAGCACCAGGCCCCACAUGAAGAUGGGCAUCUGCGGCGAGCACGGUGGCGACCCUGCUUCCAUCGAGGUCUGCGAGCGCAUCGGCCUGGAUUACGUGA